AUGAUCUGGUACCUUCUAUAUCCACUGCGUGGCACAUCCGAGCCCUGGCACCCCUCGCCCGCGCAUCCGAUCCGCCGCGCCUUCAAGACCUAUGGCACUGCAACAGCACAACACUGGCUCCUGUCGAUAAUCGUCACCGUAAUCGUCUCGGUAUUGCUCUGCUAUCCGGCUAUCUUCCAGACCGACAGCCCCGCAGCGACCGGCCUGCGCAACCUCCCGAAACAUGUAUGGACAUCCACCACCGAGGUGGACGGCGAGCGAGCCGCCGACAUCGAGGCGCGCCAGGUCUGGAUCCAUGGCGAUUAUAUGAACGCAAUUGACCGGCGCGUCUUGCGGGAAGCCUUGCACGUGCAAGAAGCCCUCAUCGGCGACGGUUUUGACGAUGUGCUCGGGAUAACGCCAGACAGUCAAUUGGUGAAGAUGCGCAACGAGGAACAUUGCGGUGCAACUAAGCCUGGCCAGAAAUGGGGGUUCCACUCACCAUUGAUGUACUGGAAUUGCUCAAGUAGACUUCUGGAAGAGGAUCGCGAUUUCCUUGCCACCAUCAACUCCCACGUGGGCCUACAAUCAGAGCUCAACAUCACAUUGCGACCAAGCACCGUCUUCGCAGGCAAGGCUUUUGCUAAGACAAAGCUACGUUCCGCCGAUGCCAUUGUGAUCACACUGUUUGACCAGACGAUCCCAGGUCUUGGAGAUGCUUGGGACAGAAGGUCGCAGCUGCUCGCGCAAAACCUCGCGCCUGACUGGUCGAUAUUCCCGCACGAUGGCCAAGUCACAAACAGUCGCCUGUACGAGUUCCGUUUCAAACCAAUGACAUUAAACGACGAUCUGUUUUUAGCAGCAUCAUAUAUGGUAACGGCUGGCUACGUGAUUAUGAGAAUGAUGCAACUGAGGGCUGUGAAGAGUUGGUUUGGCCUACUAAUCACCAUUGGCGCCAAAGUGAGAUUCUCUUCAAUCGAUACCAUACUCUGCUGA